AUGUUUAUUGGCGGGCUAGGUCUAUCAAUCCCACUUUCCGGCUGGCGAAGCAAACAACGACCACGGGAAAUGGACGCUUUCGACGAACUCUUACCCAAAAUCCCCACAAAGACCCAAAAACGAGCACCGAGUCUCAUCCAACUAUCCAAAUCCGUGUAUUUGGGCGUUAUCAGCCACCGAUCCACCAACACCCGACACAAUGUACGCAGCCGGCGUGAGAACCGGGGUCAGCAAUCACCAUGGGAUUCCAGAACAAACCAGUCGGACCAGCAAUGCCUCAUCUCCGACAGCCGACACGAGUCCCGGCUGCCUCGAGCCGAGCGUGGGCGCCUUCUAGCUCGUGUGACGGACGACGAGGGAAAAGCAAUGAGCGUGGCAGAAACCCCCGAGAAGCACCGCGACCCGUCCUUGUCGAAUGGACCAGGCCAUUACUAA